AUGUUUGCUAAUCCAAGGGAUGCCAAAAAUUUGCAAUGGCAUGCUAUUGGAAGAAAAAAUGAUGGAAAACUAAGACAUCCAGCCGAUUCACCACAAUGGAGGAAUAUUGAUAGGAGCUGGCCUGAAUUCGGUACUGAAAACAGGAAUCUUAGACUUGGAUUAUGUACGGAUGGAAUGAAUCCUCAUGGUAACAUGAGUAGUCGACACAGUACUUGGCCUGUCCUUUUGGCAGUCUACAAUCUUCCACCUUGGUUGUGUAUGAAGCGAAAAUACAUCAUGUUGUCCUUGUUAAUAUCAGGGCCUAAACAACCAGGAAAUGACAUAGAUGUAUAUCUAGCGCCACUUAUUGAAGAUUUAAAAAUAUUAUGGAAUGAUGGUGUGCCGGUGUAUGAUGCUUACAGUCAAAGUAGUUUUACCUUACGUGCAAUGAUCUUUUGCACCGUAAAUGAUUUUCCAGCUUAUGGUAACCUAUCAGGUUAUACUAAUAAAGGAGCAAAGACUGGAGUAGCACGUUUGCCUUUAUCUGGACAUGCGGUCUAUGGACGUGUUAAAAAUGUUGAUGUUGCUUUUGGCAAAAUGUGUAAGACUACUCAGAAGACUCUCUGGAAGAAGAGGUCUAUAUUUUGGGAUCUACCAUAUUUGAAGCACUUAGCAGUUAGACAUUGUCUUGAUGUGAUGCAUAUUGAGAAAAAUGUUUGUGACAGCAUUAUUGGAACACUGUUGAACAUUCAGGGAAAGACAAAAGAUGGUAUUAAAGUGAGAAAGGAUAUGGUUGAAAUGGGAAUACGGGAGAAUAAAGUUGUUGACAUAGAUGUGUUAGAUGCUUUGCAGGCUGAAGUGGUUGUUACUUUGUGUCAACUUGAAAUAUACAUAGGAAUAUUGAAAGGAUAUGUGAGAAACAAAUAUCGACCUGAAGGAAGUAUAAUUGAAGGUUAUAGUUCUGAAGAAGCAAUUGAGUUUUGUACUGAUUAUUUAGCUGGUGUUGAGUCUAUUGGUGUUCCCAAGCCUCUUCAUGAAGGAAAACUCAGUGGGAAAGGUACUAUUGGAUACAAAUCAUUUGUUCCGCCUACAAACUUGCGAGAUAAGGCACAUCAUCUCGUAUUGGAACACCUUACUGAGGUUCAUCCGUACUUGGACCAACACAUGUCCAUGAUAAGACAACAAAAUCCUUCAAAGGGUGAAAGAUGGGUGGCUAUUGAACACAAUCGCACUUUCAUAAGAUGGUUCAAUGAUACUGUGAUGGAAGAGCUAUCUCAAGUGCCAAAUAAUUUCAGUGAAACCAUAAAAUGGUUAUCAUUUGGACCUACAUUACUUGUGAGUUGUUAUGAAGGUUAUGACAUAAAUGGAUAUACAUUUUACACCAAACGACAAGAUGAAAAGAGUGUGGUGCAAAAUAGUGGGGUUACAUUAGUAGCAAUAUCAAAAGAUUAUUCAAGUGCUAAAGAUACUAAACCAAUUGAUGUUGCUAUGUCUUACUAUGGUGUGAUUGAAGAAAUUUGGGAACUUGAUUACAAUGUAUUUAAAAUUCCUCUAUUCCGUUGUAAUUGGGUUGAUAAUAGAAGAGGUGUUCAGAUAGAUGAAUUGGGUUUUACUUUGGUUGAUUUUAGUCGGUUGGGUUAUCAUGAUGAACCAUUUAUACUUGCAUCUCAAGCAAAACAAGUGUUUUAUGUUUCUGAUCCUGUUGAUAACAAGUGGUCAAUUGUCUUACAAGGUAAGAGAAGUAUUGUUGGUGUUGGAGAUGUUGAUGAAGAAGAGUAUGAUCAUUUUGAUGAAAAUCCUCCACUUUCAAUUGGUAUUCAGUCUUUAUCUUCAGAUGAAGAUAACCUUGAAAUUAGUUACAUGCGUAGUGAUCAUGAAGAAGGAUUGUGGGUUGACCAACGUGCAUCAUAA